AUGCUUCUGCUUGCUCUCAGCCUGCCUGCCGGCCGGCCAGCCCGCACCCGCACCGCCGUGGCACGGUUCGCAGGCGAGGCUUUCAUCGCGUCACCUAUACCCGCUGCACCGGCGACGGCCUAUGCACGCGCAAAACCGGCACCCUUCACCCAGAUGGAGCUAGCGGCACUGCAGGGCGUGAGCUUGAGCGCUCGCAAGCCGGCAGAGAACCUCUUAAGCUGGCGCGAGUCGGGAGUCGCACCACUCGGCCUCCUCGACGUGUUUGGCCGCCCAACCACUUUCGCUAGCCUUUUGCGCAACCCCCAAGCUGACCCGGACGGGGACGUCUGGGACGCGGUUCGCAACGACUACCCUGUGCUCAAGGACAAGGGCGACGACGAGCUAGCUGCGGCGCUUCAGCCGAUCAAGGCGGUCUACGUCGAUCUGCGCUACAUCUAG